AUGUUGGAGAAAAGCCUUCUUUCAAACCCAGGCCUCGAAUUCACUGCACGCGGUCUUCUCGCCCCGCAUCAGGCGCUGCCGAUGAGUCCCGUCGGCCUUGUCUCACCCGCCAAGAAUGUGAGCGCUGCUGCUUUCCUGCACGGCAACAAGGAUGGACGUCGCAAAGUGCUUCAUCAGCCACGGGACGCAGCCGAGCUCGGUUGCGGCUCAUCUCGCAGCGCGAUCCACAAAAACGAGUCCUCGCUUUCGCCAUGCGAAGUUAUCCAACCUGCAUCUGCUGUAGCCGACGAGAUUGUACUGACGCCGGCGAAAGCGUCCGGGCUUGGCAGCGCGCAUUUGCAGCAGCAACGCCCGAGAGCCGGUCGCCAAAACUUGCCCGCCGCUUUACGCUUGCCUUGGCCGCCGUCGCUACGAUUCUGCUUCGGAUCCAGCCGAGAAUCGCGGCUUGUGUCUCGCACUUCCGAGCGAGCUCAGCAGGAUCGCUUCAAGGAUCUAAGCGCACCGUCGUCGACCCCACCAUCGACAGCUCCGACUAAGACAGCCACCACGUUUGCGAACCUGUCCCACCGCGCACAGAUUGCUUCGCGUUGUGUCCUGCGCAAGGGUCAGCCGGGCCAUCUGCUUUCCUCUCCUCGGCAGUCCGUCGCCCUCAUUAUCAGGCCCUCAACGCCGUCGUUUCCGACAAUCAUCCGCUAUCAAGUCCAAUCCAUUCUCUGCCCAUCCGGCGUCUCGGACCUGAUCAAAUCGCCGUGUGCAGCUAUCAUGCCCGAGAUGUUGGCAGCACAUUCAAUGGAGGCGGUAAAGCACUCCAGAGGUACUCCGCGACCGCAGCACGGUCAAGCUCUUGCAGACAAUUGGCCGCAUGAUUUGUGGCGUAAUCUUGUUUGCUUGCGGCGCGUUUUCAUCGAUUCUUCGCCCACACUUCUCAGCCAAGGCCGGUUGAAUAGACAACGACGGCACCAGUCCCGCCAGCAUCAGCUGACGGAGAGUGAGCGGCCCGGGAGCCAAGAAAAGAACCCACCGGCACCAUCUUCAUCUCGGGCGCAGGAGAGCACGAGUUCAGCCCACUCAUCUGGCAGCUACCUCAGCGAUAGAAGCACAAAGCGGCGACUUGGCAGCGAGCCUGCCGGUGAAGCUUUGCCCAUCAGCAAACGGGCCGAAAAAGUGAACGAAGGCUCUUCGCUCACCUACAAGCUCGUCUUGGUCCAGCAACCGACCAUCGGAUCGGCGUUCGAAGACAACUUGCUGGGGCGACUUGGCCUUGCACCUCCAUUGAUCGUGGAGCUCCAGGUGUUUCGAGACGGCAAGAUCUCGGAUGCCAAUGCCGAUCUUCCCUUCCUCAUCUGCCAGUGCUCGCUGCUCGACGAACAGGGCAGGGUGGCAGAUAUGGUCGAUCAGAGAGUCGGCUCUGCUUCGCAGCAGAGCCAGGAAGCAAGAACCGCACCUGCAGCCGUUUCGGCCGUGCCGAGGCGCGGUCGGAGCGUCCGAAACAAGAUCAGCCAUCGUGGCGGCUUGGCCGAUGGAACGGUCACGCCGCUCUCGCUGGACUCGACGGAAGCAUCGACAAGCAGUGCCUCGGAAGGUACCCUGACGCCCGGUACGGGAGAAUCAUCAGCAACGCAGCUGUCGGGACGAAACUCGCCGCAGAUCGUCCGCAUGCUCUAUGGCACACUCGCGGCAGGGCCUCAGCAGUACAAUUCGCCGAACGCCGACGAGGAGGAAAAGGCGUACUUCUUCUUUCCCGAGCUCAGCAUCCGCACUCCCGGCCGCUUCAAGAUCAUAUGCACGCUUCUGCGUCUCUCGCUACCAGGCAUGGAGGCAGCCGAGGUGGGAAGCCUCGCCUCGGUCGAGACGCAGACGUUCGAGGUGGUCAAACGCACCGACUACUCGGCGCCUUACAUCACCGACAUCUCGCGCCACUUUGCCCGCCAGGGCGUACCGCUUCUCUUACCUCCCGGUGUCUCUGCCGAGUAG